AUGCCAAACACCAGAACAAUCAAGGUGCCGCACCUUUUCGGCACGGAUGCCGCCUAUCAAAUGCCUCGUCCAUACGAUGCCAGCAAGCCGACGUGCGUGUUGAUCAACAGCUUCACCAUGACUUCCGACCUGUAUGCCAAGCAGUACAAGAAUGAUUCAUUGCUGAAUGCCAUGAACUUGCUUGCCAUAGAGCCAUACGGCCACGGACAAACUCGGGCAGGCACCGACACGUUUACCUACUGGGAUACGGCAAUCAUGAACCUCCAAGUCCUGGAUGCACUCGGCAUCAAGGGCAAGGUGUUCGCCUUAGGGACAAGCCAGGGAGGCUGGAUCGUGGUGCGCAUGGCCCUGCUACAACCCCACCGCAUUGCUGGCAUCCUUCCAUUGGGCACCAGCAUGGACUACGAAAGCGAACGCACGCGGCAGAAUGGCAACUUCGACUGCAUCGAGACCCUGACUGGCCCCAUUCGUGAUCUCGAGUCCAAGGACGCCACGCCGGACUGGGUGAUGCCGGACUACUUCCGCGAGUUCCCCAUCUAUACCGGCUUCGGGCAUGAUAUCGACAAGGCGACUGUGAAGUUUUGGUGGGACGAGUACUCGCAAAACUACAGUGGCGACGAUGGACGGAAGCGGCUGAAGGAGUGCACCAUCAACCUCCGCGACCGAGACGGUCUGCUGGCAAGACUGUAUGAAGUUCGCUGCCCUGUCUUGUGGCUGCAUGGGACCGAAGAUCUUGCGUAUAAGGUGAAGAACGCGGAAGAGGAAAUCAAGAUGUUUGUCAACUCGCCGGAUGCGCAGUUGAAGGUGGUGAAGGGGGGACAGCAUUAUCUCAGCGCCAGCCAUCCGCAGGAAGUGGACGAGCUGCUGUUGGAGUUUGUGAAGAAGUACUCAUGA